AUGUCUGUCAAAUCCGAGCGGCGUAGUUUCCUUUCCUUCUUGGGCUGCCGCGUUAGUGUGGAUUUGGAUGACGGCUCCACACUUGUGGGCCGUCUUGUGUCCUUCAGUCCGACCUCGAACUUAAUAUUGACCGAUGCGGAGCGUAGGAAACCACUUAAGCGCCGUAGGGGUAGCAUCAGGAAUGAAUGCUACAACUGUGUGCUGUUUGUCCGCGGAAGCAGUGUGCUGUCGGUUAAGCAUUCGAGUGGUGUCACGACGGAUGCGACGGUCAUUGACUCUAUUACAGGGAGGCAGACAGUUGUGUCCAAGACAAUACAGGCGGCGAGUCAAAGUUUGGACACUCCCCUCCGAUAG